CAGCGAAUCAACACGCUAUAAGUGAGCAAAUUGGGCACCACACCACACACGCAUUUCGUCGAGCAGCUUGUGGGCAGUGCCCAAGUCACCAAUUUUUCCUCAUAAUAAUGCAUUCCUUUUCACCUUGAGAAACUGUCACUUCCUCUGUUUCUCAAUUGCAAUAACAUCCUGCGAUAUACAAUGGAGCUUUUUAAAUUGUUUCUUCGCAAAAAGUCUCCAUGGAAACCAGUCCCAAGAGGAAGGUCAAGUGCUCUAUUCUUCAACGUGACUGCAACGGCGAGGAGAAUCAAGAAAUGGGUUUUGAUUCUGGUGUCAGUGUUGGUGCUGUUGCUGUGGGGAAUCUAGAAAUGGUUGAUUCUUUGUGUGAAAAGAGUUCUGUUCUUGGUUUGAUUUUUGGGUCUUUUGCGGGGAAGGUGUUGUUGCUGAAAACCUUCAAGAUCUUCCUUAAGUGUGACUCCUCUCCAAGUGGUCUUGCAAAAUCCUAAGGUUGGCCCUCAAGGAGAAACUCCGAUGCUUAAAUCAGUAUUUUUCUAGUGUAUGUUCUUUUUGUUCCGUCUAUUUAUCGUACCUUUCCUUGUGGGCUUUGUUCAUCUUGGCAAGGUACCCACGUGGCUUGCCCGCACGCACUUGACUUACUUAACUCAAUAAUGAUGACAUGGUAUG